CUUCGGAUCUGACUUGGGCGGGUCCGGGAAGCGGCCGCUCCGAAGGACGGGCAGCCAUUACCCGAGUUGGUGGAAGGUCCCGGCCAGAGUCCUCUGGGUGGGGAUGGUCUGUGCUGGGAAGUGUGACCAGUGAAGGCCAGUAACAUCCAGUACGUUGUACCUAGGCUCAGCUGUGGUGUGUUUCCGUCCCUGGAAAAUUCUGGCUGCUUCAUAUCUACCACCAGAACUUCUCAACAAAAGCCAUGGCCCUUGCCUCAUUCACAAAGAAGAUGAAAGAAAUAGCCACCUGCCCCAUCUGCAAGAACCUGAUGACCCAUCCUGUGACCAUCAGCUGUGGACACAGCUACUGCAGCACAUGCCUCCCGUGGUCCUACAACACCCAGAACCUAUUAGGAUGGCAUAAGUCCUUCUGCUGCCCUCUGUGUUGCAUCUCACUUCCUGUGACAAAUUACGGGUCCAACAAGGUUCUGGAAAACCUCCUUGAGGUCAUUGGGGAGAUGGACCUUGAGCAGCUGUGUGGAGAGCAUGGCGAGCAGCUGCACCUCUUCUGUGAGAACGAGGGCCAGCUCAUCUGCUGGCGCUGUGAGCGGGCCCCGGCGCAUGCAGGGCACAGCACGACUCUUGUGGAAGACGCAUGCCAGGUCUACAAGGAACAACUCCAGAUUGUUCUAUCAAAAUUGAAUCAACUCCAUGAGGCGUGUACAAAUCAGAAGGCAUUCGUGGCAAGGCAGAUAACGGAAUGGAAGGAGAAGAUUGAGGCUCGGAAACAGAAAAUCAAGUCUGACUUUAAGAGUCUCCAGGUUUUUCUGUGUUUGGAGGAGCAGUGUCAUCUCUGGAGGCUGGAGGAGGAAGAGGAGGACUUGCUGAGCAGGAUGAGGGACAGUGAGGCCCGGCUGAAGCACAAGAGCGAUGAACUCCAGAGCCACAUCCUGGAGCUGGAGGCAAAGUGUCAGAGCUCCUCGCAGAAGUUGCUGCAGGAUGUGAAAGACAUCGUGACCAGGAACUGGGGGAAGAGGCUGGAAACCCUGGAGGACUUUCCCAUGGAGAUUCAUACCACGUGCAACGUUUCUGAGCUUUACUUAGAUGUGAAGAAAAUGCUGAGACGCUAUCAAGUCAGUGUGACUCUGGAUCCGGAUACAGCUCAUCCCAGCCUGAAUCUGUCAGAGGACGGGAGACAAGUGACUCUCGGAGGCUGCCAGAAGGAUCUUGACUUUUCUCCCAGGAGAUUCAGUGCCUACCCCUGUGUCCUGGGCUUCGGGGGCUUCUCCUCAGGGAGACACUACUUUGAAGUGGACGUUGGAGAAGGGACUGCUUGGGAUUUGGGAGUCUGUUUGGACAGUGUGCAGAGGGGCGCUGACAUGAAGCAGGAGCCGGAGUUUGGCUUCUGGACCAUCAGGCUGCACAAAGGGCAAGACUACCUAGCUCUGACCAGUCCCCCCACUCCUCUUCCUCUAUGUGAGAAGCCCCUGGUUGUGGGAGUUUUUCUGGACUGGGAGACUGGAUUUGUGUCCUUCUACAACAUGACCACUGGCUCCCAUAUCUUCACUUUCCAAAACGCCUCCUUCUUCACGACUCUGCAGCCCUUCUUCCGUGUUUAUCAGCACUCUCCUCUGUUCCUGCCUCCCCUAGAGCAGUGGUGAAGAAAGGAGCAGCCUCCUAGGUUAGCCAUCAUAGAAGGUUACAGACCCCUACAGGCAGAGCGUGGUCAGUUCUCCUCAUUGCCAUUCCUCCAGGCCCUGGAACAGUGCUGGGCUUCCAGUGGCUAUUUAGUGAAUCUGCAUUGAAGUAGUAGAUGUCAGGAGGGUAAGCCUGCCCCCUGUGGUCAGCUGAGCCUCAGUGGGAAGCAGGUAAUAGCUCCGCAGCACAGAAGUUCCCCCAGGCAGGCCGACAGAGCCUGGCUUUUCCCUCGUUGACGAAGGGUAGCAUAUUUCGCUACCCUAAAAUACUCUUAUUUUGUUAAAAAGCUAUCUAAGCCCACGUUCUAACCGCUUCCUGGCAUUACUUAUCUCUUGAGUAUUCUCACGUGUAUGUGGGAUGCACAUGUUAAUAAAUUUCCAUGUAAUACAUUG